AUGGAAACCUGCUUCAUCAUCCUUAUCUCUCUCUGCGUCUCAGCCAUUCUUAAAACCCUCUUUAACCUUCUCAUCCAGAAAAGAAAUAAGCUUCCUCCUGGACCCUUUAACAUCCCAAUACUCAGCAACUUUCUGAUGCUCCGCAAACCCUUCUCUGAACUCGAACACAUAAUCCGCAGACUCCAUGCCAAGUACGGACCCAUCAUCACCAUUUACAUUGGCUUCCGCCCAGCAAUCUUCAUUGCCAACCGCUCUCUCGCGCACAAAGCUCUUGUCCAAAACGGUGCCGUAUUCGCUGACCGCCCACCUGCUCUCCCUACAAACGCCCUUAUAUCUAGUAACCAGCACAAUAUAAACUCUGCUUCUUACGGCCCCAAGUGGCGGCUCUUCCGUCGCAAUCUCAGUUCGCAGAUUCUCCACCCUUCGCGCGUUAAAUCCUACUCUCGUCCACGCAAGUGGGUUUUGGAUAUUCUACUCAAUCGCCUUGGUUCUAAUUCCAAAUCCAGUGAACCAAUUGUUGUUAAGGACCAUUUCCAAUACUCCAUGUUUUGUCUGUUGGUUCUUAUGUGUUUUGGAGAUAAACUAGGUGAAUCCCAGAUUAAAAAAAUUGAAGACGUUCAGCGUCGCUUACUAUUGAGUUUUGGUAGGUUUAGAAUACUCAAUUUUUUGCCAAGUAUUAGUAAGAUAAUACUCCGUAAGCGUUGGGAAGAGUUGUUUGAAAUUCGGAGAGACCGAAAUGCUGUGUUAAUUCCUCUGAUAAAAGCAAGGAGGAAAGUGAAGCAAGGAAAAGAGAGCAAAGUUAAAGAAGACAAAGAUGAUGAUGAGUUUGUUUUGUCGUAUGUUGAUACGUUGUUGGAAUUGGAGUUACAAGAGGAAAAGAGGAAGCUUGAAGAGGAGGAAAUGGUUAGUUUGUGUUCGGAGUUUCUUGACGCGGGUACGGAUACUACAUCGACUGCAUUGGAGUGGAUUAUGGCGAAUUUGGUGAAAUACCCACAAAUCCAAGAGGGGCUUAUUGUGGAGAUUAAAGGGGUUGUUGGUGAUAGAGGAAAGGAGGUGAAAGAAGAGGAUUUGAAUAAGAUGCCUUAUUUGAAAGCAGUAGUUUUGGAGGGUUUAAGGAGACACCCACCUGGGCAUUUUGUGGUGUCACAUGCAGUGACUGAGGAUGUGGUUUUGGAUGGCUAUUUGGUACCAAAGAAUGCUACUUUGAAUUUCAUGGUAGCAGAGAUGGGGUGGGACCCGAAGGUUUGGGAGGAUCCUAUGGCUUUUAAGCCUGAGAGAUUCUUGAGUGGUGGUGAUGGUGGAGGAGAAGUGUUUGAUAUAACAGGAAGCAGGGAGAUAAAGAUGAUGCCAUUUGGUGUGGGGAGGAGGAUUUGUCCUGGUUCUAGUUUGGCAAUGCUGCAUUUGGAGUAUUUUGUGGCCAAUUUGGUUUCGAAUUUUGAAUGGAAGGCUGUGGAUGGUGAUGAGGUUGAUUUGUCAGAGAAGCAGGAGUUCACUAUGGUGAUGAAGAAUCCGCUCAAGGCCUGCUUAUCUCCAUUUCUUUGA